AUGGGUCUAACAUGCCUCUCCCAACUACCCCACCUAACCCCACUCCCCACCACUCAUUUUCACUUAUCUCUUACUCUCUUUGACCGGCUCCUCACUUCUCCUUACUUCUCUUUUCUUUCUUUUUCUUCUUUUGCAUUUUCGGUAGAACACUCCUCUUCACUCCUUCAAACUCUCCCACUGGUACCUCCAUGCCACCAUCUCCACCAUCAUUUUCCCGGCAAUGUCACCGGAAAAUCCUUAGGAACCUCUAAGCAUCUUCAUCUUUUAUUUGAGGUUCUAGCUAAUCUCCUUGGAACUUGGAGAAUUAGGCUUUUGCGGUUGAGAGUUUUUGUGACAAUGGAAUCAGAUUUAGGUCAGUACUCUUUCACUUUGGAUGAUGCGUUCUUCCCUGCUGCCUAUGGGAGGAAGAGGUUCCUUGAUUGUGUGUGGGUGAGGCUGCUGCUCAUGGGGCCAAGAGACCACAUGCAAGAGAUGUUCUAUUUGACGUGCUCUCUCUACUGCCCAUAGGGGGAGAGGAAAACCUUGAGGGUAUGAGUGAGGCUCCUGUCCAUGGGACCAAGAGUCUGCAUACCAGAGAGGACAAUAUCAUGCCAGUUGUGAAUGGGUGGAUCCCCUGACCGGUCUAUGUGAUAGUGUGGUAUAUUUGUGAUAAAUUACUGUAUGUUAGAUUUUAUGACUUUGGAAAUUAUAUUGUUAGUGCUCACAGAUCAUAGUAUAUAGUUUCAAGGUAUUUACUUUGAGAAACUUUGUAUUUCGUUAUUUAAUCAUUCUUGUCAUAUUAUUAUUAUUGAAGAUGAAACUUGCAUUUCCCCCACCCCCAUUAAUUAUGCUACUUACUAGGCGUUAGUUCAUCCCACUCUCUAACAGUUUUUCAGAUUUAUUAGCUAUGCCUUGGGUAUAGAGCUUAAUUCUUUGGUGAUGAUUAGAGUGCUAUGUUAAAUUUGGAGACUUCUACUGUAAAUGGUUGGUGACUUGAUCUUCCUAUGUUCAACGAGACCUUAAUUAAUUCUAUUGGAGGUGGGUCACUUGAGGUUUGUUAGCCUUUGGCGUAGUUGGCCUAGACUCGAUGUUAAAGUCCUUAUUGUUGAUAAGAUUGUGACAUUUUGUAAUUUAAUCAAAGUUUUGUAAUAUAUUCAUGUUUUAUGUGGAGGCACAUGAUUUUUAGUUAUUGUUCGUAAAUGUGUUA